CGUACUCAGUCUUGGAGUGGGGCCGUUGUGUGAGCGACCGGACCGUCUCAAACUGUCUCGUGGUUUAGAAUCAAAAAUAUUAUUCAUAUUUACCAUAAUAAAUAAAUCUUCUGGUUUAUUGUUACAAAGUGUAUUUUAAGAUACUGUUAUUUUCCUGGAAAAUAUAGGAGAAUGGCCGCCACCGAGGUGAACGGUAGUUCUGCCCUGGUGAAAGAAGACGAAGAGCCUAUGGAAGUCACCCCUGAAGGCGAGCGCACAGAAAACUACCAGACACUCAUCGAUGCUGGACUGCCGCAGAAAGUGGCAGAGAGUCUCGACAACAUAUUCUCAACUGGGUUGGUGGCAUAUGUUGACCUGGAUGAGAGAGCCAUUGAUGCUUUGCGUGAGUUCAAUGAAGAGGGAGCGCUUUCUGUACUGUCACAGUUCAAAGAAAGUGACCUCUCCCAUGUGCAGAACAAAAGCGCUUUCCUUUGUGGGGUCAUGAAGACGUAUAGACAGCGGGAAAAGCAGGGAAGCAAAGUGCAAGAGUCCACCAAAGGGCCAGACGAAUCCAAAAUCAAGACUCUGUUGGAGCGGACAGGAUACACCCUGGACGUAACUACUGGACAGAGGAAAUAUGGGGGGCCCCCACCUGAGGAGGUGUAUACAGGACCGCAGCCCGGAAUUGGAACAGAGGUGUUUGUGGGAAAGAUCCCAAGAGACCUGUAUGAAGAUGAGCUGGUACCACUGUUUGAGAAAGCGGGCCCAAUCUGGGACCUCAGGCUAAUGAUGGACCCACUCUCGGGCCAAAACCGGGGCUAUGCCUUCAUCACCUUCUGUGGGAAGGAUGCAGCAGCUGAGGCGGUGAAACUUUGUGACAACUAUGAAAUCCGAUCUGGGAAAUACCUUGGCGUGUGCAUAUCUGUAGCAAACAACCGUCUGUUUGUCGGAUCAAUCCCAAAGAACAAGACCAGAGAGAGCAUAUUGGAGGAUUUCGGCAAAGUCACUGAGGGGCUUCAGGAGGUGAUCCUCUAUCAUCAGCCGGAUGACAAGAAGAAGAACCGCGGCUUCUGUUUUCUGGAGUACGAGGACCACAAGUCUGCAGCCCAGGCCCGCCGCCGCCUCAUGAGUGGCAAGGUGAAGGUGUGGGGGAACCCGGUCACGGUGGAGUGGGCGGACCCGGUUGCAGAGCCUGACCCGGACGUCAUGGCCAAGGUGAAGGUCCUGUUUGUUAGGAAGCUAGCCACCCCAGUCACAGAGGAGCUCCUGGAGAAGACCUUCUCUGCGUUUGGCAAGCUGGAGCGAGUGAAGAAGCUCAAAGACUACGCCUUUGUCCACUUUGAGGACAGGGAUGCCGCUGUAAAGGCAAUGGCAGAAAUGAACGGGAAGGAACUGGGAGGAGAGGAGAUUGAGAUUGUCCUGGCCAAGCCGCCAGACAAGAAGAGGAAAGAGCGCCAGGCUCAGCGCCAAACCACCAGAACCCCAGGGUACGAUGACUAUUACUACUACCCACCACCGCGCAUGCCCCCACCCAGCCGCGGGGGCAGGAGCCGUGGCGGCCGAGGGGGCGGUGGCUAUGCUGCCUACCCCCCGGACUACUACAGCUACGAGGACUACUACGAUGACUACUACGGCUACGACUAUCACGACUACCGCGGGGGCUACGAAGACCCCUACUACGGCUACGAGGACGCCUACAGCACAAGGAGCCGCGGAAGCCGGCCCAGCAGGGGGGGUCCGCCCCCGCCCAGGGCCCGCGGGGCCCCGCCCGCACGGGGUCGUGGGGGCUAUACCCAGAGGGGGCCGCCCAUCGGAGGACCCCGGGGCGGUCGGGGAGGGGGCCGCGGAGGACCCUUCCAGCCACAGAGGGGCCGCGGUACCCGGGGAGCCAGGGGGAACCGCGGGGGCAAUGUGGGGGGGAAGAGGAAGGCGGACGUCUUCAACCAGCCCGACUCCAAGCGCCGGCAGACCAACCAGCAGAACUGGGGGUCCCAGCCCAUCGCCCAGCAGCCCCUGCAGCAAGGGGCCGACUAUUCCGGUAACUAUGGUUACGGUAAUGACAGCCUGGAGUUUUCACAGGAUUCUUAUGGGCAGCAGUGGAAGUAGACGCAUCCCCAAAAAAGGUAUUUGGCAAAGUAAAAAGAUAAAAUAAAUAAAAAUACAGAAAGAAAAAAAACAUGAGGAGAUUGGCGCAAAUUUUUUGAUUGACUUUUUAUUCUUCAUCCCUCACGAAAACCAAUAUUUCACUGACAGAGAAAAAAAAAAUGGACAGACUCCCAGAAUUGGCUCAACUUGAUUGGCUGGAAUUGCAUUUUGGCCUGAAGAUGUGAAUGUAACCGUUUUGCUGAAUCAUUUCGUACUCUUACGGUUAUAUGGGACGUAUGUCUUUAAAACACGCAAAUCACUUUUACCAUCCAACAUUUUGUUUGUUUCUUUUAAAGCCAACAGUGAACAUUUUAAACGUGGACAUUCAUUUACAAAAGUCUGAAAGGACAUUAAAAUCAUGAUAUUGCCUUGCAGGAAAGUUUGUGUCCAAGACCCUCCCCCACCCCCCCCACCCCCCCCCCCCUAUCUGCAUUCCUCUUAUUUCUGGUUUCCAAUGGUGGCAUAGGGACUUGCUUGUAAAUAAUUGCUUAUGGCUAGAGCUUCAUAUCCAUUUUUUGCCGUGAUGAAGAUAAGAAUCCACAGGAAGGAGGAAAAAGUUUUGUAACGUUAAGUGUAUGUCUAGCAUUUCUAGAGGUAGUUCAAUUGUGUUUUUUAAAACUGAUAUUAUUAUAACUUCCUAUGUUUUCUUUGAACUUGCCCGUUAGAAUUUGGUUUGGCUUACCUUAAAAGCCAUAGCAGUUUGUUCUCUGAUGUUUGUAUUUAUAACUUUUACGUUUGUUCUAUUUCAAUAAACUCAGUUGAGCAUCAUUCAAUUGUCAGAUACCUUCAAAUUCAA